AUGCCAUUAACUUUGUGGAAAGAGCCAAUAGCAGACGAUACGCCAGUGGGGACUUCCGAUGUCACUGGCACUGCAGGAGAGAAAGCUACCAGCUGUUGGAGCGACCAUCUCAUCAUGUGGACAUCUAUUGCAGUGCUAUGCUCAUCUCUGACCACACUGUUAUUGACGACCUUGAGCGUCGUCAGAUUCACGCCUAGCACACAGCACGGUUCAGCUUCAUCCAAGCUGGGCGACCUAGCCAGUGCAUCCACUUCGACUCAGAACACCUCGCAUCAUACUUCCGCCGUGAAUUUCCCCGACAUCGUGCCACAGGUAGAAACACACAGCCCUGGCUGCCUGGUGCAAGAGUGGUCCACCCAUCUCGGUACCGUAUUUCCUGAUCAUCGAUAUGUUGUGUCUUCGGACAUGAGCACAUCAACGGUGCUCCUGUUCUACCACUUGGACUAUGGGAUGCAGUAUUGCUCUUUGGCGUUAUCCAUCCCUCCGUCUAGCGAUGGGUUUGACCUGGAGGUAAAGAUAGAGAACAACACAGUCAUGGAACUGGUCAGACCGGCUCAUACACGUAUCUUCUGGACAAGUCGCGCCGGAGAGAAAAUCCCAGGUGGCCAGCAUACCUAUCCACUUUGGGGAGCCUUUCGGGACGGAGAGAUUCCGUUGUCCUUCGGGUGA